GGAUUAGUAUGGAGUAGUUGGCCAUUGGUUGGGAUGAGUAUGGAGUAGUGGCCAUUGGUUGGGAUUAGUAUGGAGUAGUUGGCCAUUGGUUAGGAGGAGUAUGGAGUAGUGGCCAUUGGUUGGGAUGAGUACGGAGUAGUUGGCCAUUGGUUGGGAUGAGUACGGAUGGCCAUUGGUUGGGAUGAGUAUGGAGUAGUGGCCAUUGGUUGGGAUGAGUAUGGAGUAGUGUCCAUUGGUUGGGAUGAGUAUGGAGUAGUGGCCAUUGGUUGGGAU